GAAUCACACAUAUUGGGCUUUUCACACCACGUUUUUAUUGAAUUAUUAAAAGAGAGAGCGAGAGAGCUGGCACAAAGGAUUUUUUCAUUCAGAGAGGCUGAUUCCAGGGCCGAGGAGGAUCAUGGAUCCUAUUGUGGAAGUGGUGGCUUUGCUGCUGGGCUUUUUGGGCUGGGUGAUGGUGGGGAUAGCCCUGCCGAACCGCUACUGGAAGACCUCCACGGUGGACGGGAACGUCAUCACCACCUCCACCAUCUAUGAGAACUUAUGGAUGUCCUGUGCCACCGAUUCAACUGGUGUGCACAACUGCAGGGAGUUCCCCUCUCUGCUCGCCUUGAAUGGGUACAUCCAGGCAUCCCGUGCCUUGAUGAUCGCCUCGAUAGUUUUCGGUACCUUUGGACUGGUGGCGGCGCUGGUGGGGAUGCAGUGCUCCAAGGCUGGAGGGGAAAACUAUGUUCUUAAAGGGAGGAUUGCCGGCACUGGGGGGGUCCUUUUCAUACUUCAAGGCCUGUGCACGAUGAUCUCUGUGUCCUGGUACGCCUUCAACAUCACCCAGGAUUUCUUUGACCCUUUCUACCCUGGAACAAAGUUCGAGAUAGGAGAGGGCCUCUACAUCGGCUGGUGCUCUGCUGUUCUGGCCAUCGCUGGAGGAUCCUGUCUCACUUGCUCCUGCAAAAUGGGCACGGAAGAAAAAUACCCUAUGAAUUACCAGGCCAGAGGAACUGCAUAUUCUCACGCACCUUCGAGAAGUGUGGCUGCCAGCACUUACGGCCGAAACGCCUACGUUUGA